GAAACUUUUUACAGAAUAAUUAAAAUUCAUCAUAUCAAAUGUUGUAUGAUAAAAAUGUCUUCGUAUUAGUACUACAUUAAGAAGGCAAUGUGUCAGUUUAAAAGAUGAAACUUGAGAAUUAGCCGAUGACAUCCUCGUUAAUAAAACUUCUCAUGCAUCGUACAUAUGUUCGUUUCCACUUUGGACAACUUGUUAACCCGUAUACCAAUAGGAAAAUAUGCCAUGCAACUCGUUAACCCAAUCGCUGCGAAUACCCGGUUAAUUUAUUACCACGGACAGACGGUAAAUUAAAUAAAUUAUUAGGCGUCGCUAAUCAUCUAACGUUUCUGAUCGAUAGAACACGUUUGGUUUUUAUCAGAGUCGCAGAAGUAGCCAAGCACGAAGGGGACGUUGGAAAGAAGCCCUUGAAAUACUUAUUUAACAGCUAAUCGAAUUAGUCCUCUCUCGUUUCCCGGUUGUUCCUCGUGUCGACUAUCAUUUGAAAGUGAACAAUGGUCGCGAUAGUAUAACUCUUUCCCAAAAGUACCGUAUGACGAAGUCUCUCUGAGAAAAAAACAUGGAAGUGUUGAUAGAUUGUUACUUCGAUAAACUGUUCGCCGAAAUGGAACGUAGUUGCUUAGCCUCUCGAUACAAACGUCGCGAGAUGGUGGGUUACUUUUCAGACGUGAUAAAUAGCUGUUCCGAAGCGGAGAAUCUGGACAAACAAGACGUCUGCGAGCGAAUAGUGAUGUCAGCCCUGCGUUACCACAACAUCGCGAUGAUGGAGAACGGGUACGUGUGCAUGCUAGGAAAGUUCCACAACGUCCUCUACGUAGCCGCGAAGCUGUGUUUCGACUGGGAGCUGAAGAACAACGAGAUCGUGUCUCGUCUGCUGAACGACAUCUUCUACUGCGAGAAGACGUUCGAGCGUAUCUUCGUGGGCGCGAUCUUCGGUACCCGCGUGACGCACUUCCUGUCUGGCUGGAAGAGCGACUUCGAGGAUCGCGAGGAGAACAUCCGAGCGUUAGUGUACUUCCUGAACCACGCGGCUCUCGGGCGUCUCGAGUAUCGUUGCGAGUCUUCGCCCGUCAAGCGGCGGUUCAUCGACGUUCCCAUGGAGUCGUACGGCCAGGCGUUGCCCUUGAGAGUGGCCAUUCAACACGGUGCCCCGGAUAUUCUUUUGAUCAUGCUCCGUUACGGGGCCUCGGUCGAGUCCGACAAGCUGGCACCCUCCCCACUGGAGAUGCUGCUCACCAAGCUGAACGAAUACGAGGCUCGACCGGGCCAGGAUGAGACAGCAUACCCGGAACAGCUGUUGCUCUGUCUCAGGCUGGUGCUGAGAACCGUGACGACGGCCUUCGUCAAGACACCCAGCCACAUAGCCGACCAGAGCGGAGUCACGAGCAUCUCACUCUACGAACAGUAUCCAGCUUUGGUCGAACAGAAGCUGGUACCGCCGGAAAGGAGCGGGCUCAGCCCGCCAGAAUUGAGACACCUGUGUCGAUGCCGCAUACGGGAGACUCUCUUCGACAACUGGGCACUCCCUCAUGGAAUACAUCGAUUACAGCUUCCGGAGUCGUUGAGAAACUACCUGGACCUCUUGUACGACUGAGGAAUGUCUCCUCGCACGGAAUUUUUGGGUUAUGGGUGACACUCAAGGUUUAGAGGCGAAGAUCGAGGGAUUUUAUGUUCUGGUUUGACAUCGAUGUUCUUUGACAUUGGAUGUUUAAAUUGAGGUCUUGUGCAAUAUGUACUUGGAGAUCUUGAACUUUGAAGUCGAAUAUUUUCUGAUGUUUUAUAUACGAAUCAAUUUAUCUAACAUCUAGUGGCAAUGCAAGCUAUAAAAGUGUACCUAUGUUGAACGGUAUUACAUACACAUGUUUUAGACUUCAUUCAUACGUGCAUGUUUAAGAGAUUAAAAUCAACAAACUCUGAAAAUCUGAACAGAUGGAGAUUGAAUUUUAGAUAAAAAUAUGAAGACUCCUAUAAAUAAGUUUCUAACAAUGCUACACUUUAAUAUAUCAUCGUGUGAUAGUUGUAAAGAAAGUAUGUCCCCCAUCAACACUAAAAGUGCCUUGUAUUUCACACAAUAAUCAGCUUUCACGUCACAUCUAUCCUUUUCAAACUUUUCAAUAAAAUGUAACAAACUCGGAGGCACAGUACUCUGCGAUACAUUAAAACUUGAGCAAAGCUGUAAUCGAUUACGUGAUCCAAGGGAAUUCAGUUUCGCAGAGUUUGACGCAUGAAAUACAUUCAGUCGCUUGUAAGCAUCGUCUAAAAUGUUUUAAACUUUCUCACAAGUUACUGUGCGUUUCCGGUUGGUCAUAUGAACGGACCAACUUCCUGAUCGAACCAGAGAGAUUCCAUAAACUAAAUGACCGUGUAAACUUCGACACAGGUGUAUCGAAUUUUCUGCCCGGAUACUUUACUCGAAGUUUAUGGGAGAACGAUAUUCACCGCGACGUGUAAUGAGUUCCUUCAAAAUUAAUAUCAGAGGCGGUCGUUGAAAUAGUGGAACUUGUCGAUUUUAUUGAUUUCUUCAUUAUUUUGUAAACUGUGAUACUUUAUUUAUUUAUACUCUUAUGUAUUGAACUUUGGGGUCUUGAGAAAUUCCCCUUUGGGAAUUUGAGGAGUUGGAUAUUCAGAAAUGUGAGAACUUGAGAAUCCAAUUCG